AUGGAGGGUGCGGUUGAAAAGCUGGGUUCUUGCCAAGGGGGCGGGUUUGUGUGUGAGAGUGGGGUGAAGGGGGGUGAAGGUGGGGUGAAGGCGGGUGAAGGUGGGGAGGAGGGGAGGGAAGGUGGGUUGAAGGGGGGUGAAGGGGGAGUGGAGGGGAGUGAAGCGGGGGAGGAGGGGAGUGCUGCUGGGGCGGGCGGAGGCCAGAAGGGAUGCCCUCCAUUCAAUUUCCUUUCAAACGCCCAUUACUCUCUUCCCUCCCCCCUCCACCCCUCCUUCCACCAGCUCCUGCUACUCCCACACCAACUUCUGCUCCACAGACUCCGUGCACCGUCUCCCUCAUCCCUCUCAUAA